AUUUUCGCUUUUCCGCCGACAAGUAGUUUGAAAUGGAUUUGAACAUUGUUUUACUCAUUGUUUGUUGUAGUUGUUAUAUUACGACAAAUGUGUGCGGCUAUUGCACAUAUUACUACUCUCACUACGAGUCCAAACGACCCAAAUUGUAUCGGAAUUUGGGUGAUCGUAAAGAACUUAUCCCUAUCGAAGGUCUUGAGUAUCGAAUCGAAGAAGGUGACUUGAUAACGGCUGAUUGUGAGACACGCAUUCCCAGCAUCAAUCAAGGCAAGGGCAAAGGUAGUAGCAUCAAUUUGACUUGUUUCCGCAGAGACCUCUUUGCUGAUGGCACUAAACUACGUACUAUACUACAGACCUACUGCGAACCAAUAUAUUGGAAUUUAUUUGAAUCGUCAAGACCAUUUGACUGGUGUCCCACGCCACUGACGUCAUAUCUAUUGGCAAGACCUUUGUACAAUCUCUAUGAGUAUUUAGCUGGUGUUUGUUACGAUGCCGAACGACAACAAAUCCUGACAGUUCUGUAUGCGGAGGCUCAUCUUGGGUCGAAACAUAAGUAUCCGGCUUCCCUUCAGUACUAUAGUCCUAAAGUGGAAAUUCUCGAUGUACCCACGAAAUUUGGAACCCGCCGCAUCAACGCAACGCAUUUCAAUAAUUCGGAAAUUCGAGAAUGGAUGCAAUUCUACCAAUAUGAAAAUCAUUCCUUAAUACAAGAUGAUAUUUUAUACCGACAGUUUUAUGAUAAAUUUGGUGGUCUAUUGGAGUUGGAUUGGUGGCCAAAUUUCCGUGCCGGGAAUUGGCUUCUCUAUGAGCAGGCUCUGAGGGAGCAUAUUGAAGCAGAUGGGGCGACUUAUGAUAUUAUGGCAGGUGCAUCGGGAACCGUUGCUGUGCCCUCCCAUGAGAAUGCUAGUCGUCGUGAGAAUUACGCCAUGCUUAAUGUGAUCUAUGGUGAAAAUCAGCAAAUCCCUCUGUAUGUAUGGCACUAUUUGAAGUCACAGAAUGAGAAUGGCAGCGAUGUGGUGGUGAUUGGUGUUAAUUCGCCAUUCGGUGAUUUCUACAAGGAAACCGAUUUGAUUUUCUGUACCGACAUCUGUCAUCAAAUAGAUUGGUUGCAGGCAGUUCAAUCCACAUUCCGCAACGAGUCGAUGGGUCUAAUUUUCUGUUGUGAUGCCAAUGAGGUGAAACAGUCGAAACGUCUGCACGGAUUUCCAUUAGGUUCCAGCAAAAUGUGUAGUGUAACAUAACUCAUGUCACUGUUUGGGCAGAUGGUCGGAAAGAGACAAUAAAUCUAGACAAACGAAAUUUUAAACUGAACCCUCAAAAAAAAGUUUUAAAGAAAUUAGAAAACUGUGAAUAAAAUUUUA